AUUGCAGAGGCCAAAAAGUACCUCCUUUCAUUCUUACUUCCUGCCAACAUUCCUCGCUUUUUAUCCUUGUCUCUGGCCCUUCACAUUUUCUUAUUAUUAUUCUUUUUUUAAAAAGCGAAGGAAUAGAGAAAAUAGAUAAACGUUAACCUUUACGACAUAAAAAAGAAAAAUGGCAAAGUCUGCACUGUACCGUCUCAAGUCCUCGCUCAAGGAAGCAGGCGCCAUUGGUCCUAACUCGCGUGCUUCUCUCAGCAAGAAAGACCGCAAAAAGGGCCGCCCUACUGCUGGCAGCGUAAAGAAUGACCUCAAUAAAAAGCUAGCCCACAUUAAAGAAGCUAUGAACCAGUUUGAGAUCAAGACCACUCGUCAAAAAUACGAUGUUCUGGGUCGCAAGAUCAAAGGCGUCCAGGGCAAACCCACACUAUCUAAGCAAAUCGGCGAGGAGAACCGUCGCAAAACUCUGUUGAAAGAAAUGCAAAAGAAGAACAAAGCUGGAGGAUUGAUCGAUAAACGUUUCGGAGAAGAGAAUCCCAACAUGACACCGGAAGAAAAGAUGCUUGAACGUUUCACACGCGAAAAACAGAGCCGUGCUAAAGGAGGAGCCAUGUUCAAUUUAGAAGAUGAAGCAGAUCUCACACAUUACGGUCAAUCGCUUGCAGGACUCGAUGAUUUCGAUGAAACAGAACUUGGAUUUAAUGAUGAUGAUGAUGACAACAGAGGCCAAAUCGGUAGGGACAUUGUAUCCCAUACUCACUUCGGAGGAUUCGAUGAUGAGACUCUUCCAUCUGACACACAUGAGGAUGGACGACCCAAAACUAAAGCUGAGGUCAUGAAGGAAAUCAUUGCGAAAUCCAAAUUCCAUAAGCAUGAACGUCAAAAGGAAAAGGAAGAGAUUGAUGAUAUCACCAAGGAACUAGAUGAUGAACUGGAGGAUAUUCGUGGAUUACUCGGCUUUUCAAACCCAGAUGCAGAAGAACGUCGUCCUAAACGUGCACCCUUGCCAUCACAAAGUAGCACAGUUGCCCGCGCUUUAGAUCGUCUCGCAGAUGAGGAAAAAGAAAGGAUGAAGGCCGACAGAGAGGGCGGCGCCUUGGAUAAGGGCUUCGAUGAUGACUAUGAUAAGCAUAUUCGGGAACUAGCCUUUGACAGACGUGCUAAACCUCAGGAUCGUAUGAAGAGUGAGGAGGAGAUUGCACAGGAGGAGGUCGAAAAGUUAGAGAAGUCAGAGAGAGCUCGCAAGCGUCGUAUGGAGGGUCUCCCUUCAGAAGAGAUAGAAGAUGAACAGGGGGGAUACAAAAAGAGGAGAAAAGCUGCGCCAGCUGCUGAUGAUCUAGAUGAUGACUUUGCUCCUGAUGAAAAUGACGAGUUUGGCCUCGGUGCGGGUAUGGAUGCGGAUGAGUCAACAUUCAGAGCAACCAAACCCGGUAGAAUGCCCAGCAAGAAGCAUAGAACUGUCAAGGUCGAUGAUAGUGACUCUGAGGGUGAAGAAGAAGAAGAAGAAGACAUAGAGGAAGAGGAAGAAAGCGAAGCGGAAGAUGAUGAUGAAGAGGAUGGCGAUGAGGAAGAAGAUUCAGAGGAUGACUUUUCGGAUCUUGAUAUGGAAAUGGAGCGGCCAAUGAGCAAAGGCGGUGAAGACGAUGACGACGAAGACGACAUUAACGACUUGAGCUCAGCAGCCAAGACCAAGAAACCUGUUACUUCCACUAAGUCUACGGCAAAGAAGGCCAAGAUCGAUGUCAAUCCUGAUGCUGCUGCUGCCGCUGCUGAAUUGCCUUACACUUUCCCUAGUCCGACAUCUCUAGAGCAUUUCCUGUCAAUCAUUGAAAACAUUGAACUUGAGCAUGUACCUACAGUAGUGCAUCGCAUCCGUGCGCUCCACCAUCCCAAGCUCUCACCUCAGAAUAAGGCUAAGAUGCAGAUAUUUUACCCUGUCCUACUUGACUAUGUUUUCCAGAUCUCUGCCUCUGAAGCUAGCUUUCCUAUUGCAGUUCUCAACAAACUCACUCGCCAUAUCUAUGCCAUGACAUCACAGUUGGGCGACCAUGCUACAGAAUGUAUACUCGGUUUCUUAGAAUCCUUUGAAGCUGAGCUCAUCAAAGAUCUUGCUUCGGAGACCAAGUCCGGCUUCCCUACUAUCGAUAAGCUAACCUUUUUCCGUAUCUUGGGCGAAAUAUACUCUACUUCAGAUUUUCAACACCAGGUCAUCACACCAGCUCAGCUCUUAAUGAGUCAGUAUUUAGGUCAAUGCCAGAUCAAGUCUUUCAAGGACUUAGCAUCGGGCUUGAUGCUUUGCAACUUGUUUUUGGAUUACCAAAAGUUGUCUAAGCGCGUGAUCCCUGAGGCUAUCAACUUUUUAUCCUCAGCAUUGGUUUACUUGGCUCCCAAGGGCACGUUUGGUGAUGAUCUGGACAAACUACCAGGUCUAUUUCCGAUUCAGGAAUUAGACAUUGCUUCCUUGCAGAUGACCAUCUCAGGGCUGGGCUCUAUUGAAGUUGAGCGUCUGUCAAUUGGCCUGUUCAAGAAGAAUGGCAAUGUUCUUGAGAACAACAAAUACAAGGUAUCGGCUAUGUCAGCAGCCGCGGACCUAUUAAUGAAGUAUGCGCUUCUUUACGCAUCUACCAGUGCCUAUAAAGAGAUGUUCGAAGGACCCAUCGGACUCCUUAAAAUACUCUCAUCAUCUAAAAGCAUCGACAACCAGAACCUCAACUUUUCAUCUUCUCUCAAAGACCGUCUUUCUGCAUCAUUGGAUCGUAUUCAGAAGCUAGAGUCAUUCUCAACAGACAGCCGUGCACCAUUACAGCUGCAAGCGCACAAACCUGUACCAAUUGCAUCAUAUGUGCCCAAAUUCGAGGAAGGCUACUCGUUAGAUAAGCAUUACGAUCCAGACGUGGAACGUGCUCAGGCCCACAAGCUGCAAAUGCAGGUAAAGAAGGAAAAGAAGGGAGCAAUUCGCGAGUUGAGAAAGGAUGCACAGUUCGUGGCCAGAGAGAAGCUGAAAGACCAGAGAGAGAAAGAUCAGGCAUACAAUGCAAAGAUCAAGGGCAUCAUGAGUGGACUCGAAGCAGAUCAGGGAGAGAAGAACGCGGAGUCCAGGAUGAAGAAAGUACAGAAGUUAAAGGGCAAACGCAAUUAAAAGCAAUUAAGAAAACAAGCAUUGCAGCCCCUAGUCGGGUUAGUUUUAGCUUUUUUUUUAAUUUUCAUUUAUUAUCACGCAUACACUACACAUUUUUAUAUUAUAAUAAAACCAUCUUUGAAU